GACUCCGCCCUACUGCGCACAGCAACCGGGCGCUGCGCAGGGCUCUCGGGACACCGCUGUCUGCCCUUCGCUAUGGCUGCCGUCAGGACUCUGCUGGCGCCGAGACUGGCCUCUGCGCUCUCGGGGCGCCACCGGGCUCCCUCCCAGCGCGCAGCCCUUCACAGCUCCGCGCCGCGGCCCGGGGCCAGGGUGGCGUUGGUGCUGUCGGGCUGCGGAGUCUAUGACGGAACCGAGAUCCACGAGGCCUCCGCGAUCCUGGUGCACCUGAGCCGAGGUGGGGCCGAGGUCCAGAUCUUUGCUCCUGAUGUCCCUCAGAUGCAUGUGAUUGACCACACCAAGGGGCAGCCUUCUGAGAGCGAUCGCAGGAACGUUCUGACAGAGUCGGCAAGGAUCGCCCGAGGCAAGAUCACCAACCUGGCUCAGCUCAGUGCUGCCAACCAUGAUGCCGCCAUUUUCCCUGGAGGCUUUGGAGCUGCCAAAAACCUGAGCACAUUCGCCGUGGACGGGAAGGACUGCAAGGUUAACAAGGAAGUAGAGCGUGUCCUGAAGGAGUUCCACGGGGCCAGCAAGCCCAUUGGCUUAUGCUGCAUCGCUCCGGUCCUCGCUGCCAAAGUGAUCAAAGGUGUCGAGGUCACGGUGGGCCACGAGCAGGAGGAGGGCGGCAAGUGGCCGUACGCUGGGACUGCGGAAGCCAUCAAAGCCCUGGGCGCCAAGCACUGUGCGAAGGGUGUGACCAUAUCCUCUCUGGCGGCUGGUCGGUGUGGUGUCAGGCAGCACAUUAGGUUUACCCUUCUUUGGCCGUCCAGGGUAUCCGUGGCCAGCAGCCUUCUCCACAAGAAUUAUAUUGGCUGGUCUUACUUCCCUGGGCAAAAAGGACAGGGCCAGCCAGCAUCUUGGGGUGCCGCUAGCCUGGUGUGGCGCAGGCAGGCUGGUGGAAGGCUGUCUUCCUUCCGCACUUGGCCGGGGACGAUCUGUGUUCCCGCACCUAUUGAGACCCCUCAGCCCGGAGCACACAGCUGGGACGCCUGGUCCCCACAAGGACAGGUGACCUGUGACGAGUGCAGGCUAGAACAGGGUUCAGGGGCCUGGAAGACCAGGAGCUGCUUGCUGGUGACCGGAGAAGGCAACAGGACCAGUGUGGGAGAGGUGGGCGGGGCUCCUGUCUUGCUCUAGUGGACCCUCAGUCCCCAAGUGGGGCUAGCGCACAGGCCGCCAUCGGGCACUGCUCCACCGCACCUCACCUUUCCCUCCCCCUGACCACCUGUGAGUCAGCAGCUAGUUCCUCCUGUUUAAUUGGGUGACGAGCCAUACAGCAGGUGCAGACCUGUUCAGUGUGAUGUCCUCAGGCAGCCAAGGACCUGCAAGACUGAGGGCGGGCGGGGCUUUUCCCCUGCGAUGCAUGCCCUCGGUCCCGCCCGGUGCUGGGUUCUCCUUAACAUCUCCUCACGAAGCUCAUGUAGACCAGAAAAACAAGGUGGUCACAACCCCGGCCUUCAUGUGUGAGACCGCUCUCCACCACAUCCACGACGGGAUUGGGGCCAUGGUGAAGAAGGUGCUGGAACUCACGGGAAAGUGACGCUGCCCGGGCCACACUUGGCCUCCUUUGCUGUGGAGCACUCAGCCCUUCCGGGCACCAGCCAGCCAGGACACAGGAGUUGCUUUUCUUUUAGGAGCAUUGACGUUUUCUGCCUCAAGAGUUUUGCCUUCGGCCGUCCAUCCUGAGCUUGAGCCAGCUCCUCCUACCAGCGGGAAGCUCAGAGGUCCUCCCUGGGCCUCAGGUAGCAGCAGGAGCUUCAUCGGGGAUGCUUAUGUCACUGUGUGUCCCCGUUGGGAGGCCUGUGCCGCCUUUCCAGAGAGCACUUAAGUUCUGCAGUCCUAGGUCUGAUGGAUCGGGGCACUUAAGCCUUAAAAGAAGACAUUUUACGUUCUAAGUCCCCUGGUAAUCAGAGUUACGUUGUUGAUGGUUAAAGGAAAGUCCGCUGAUCCAGAGUAAACAUGGUCAACCAAAGGCAGGGAAACUUUGGAGCAGGCAGCCCCCAUGCCCACAGAAUAAACUCCUUUCCACACUGGGAA